AUGUUUACACUGACAGCAGGUACGCCUUUGCUACUGUGCAUGUACAUGGAGCUAUCUACUAGGAGCACAGGCUACUCACCUCAGCAAGAAAGGCAGUCAAAGAAGAAUCCCCCAUCUUCAAAGCCUAACAGAUCAAGCAGCUCUCCAGUGCACAACCUGCACCCAGUCCUCAGAAAAUUUGAAACUAGUAAAACAUAUGAAAUCUUGAACAAUCAAGGACAGAGAAUUUAUUUUGGGAGAAAUAAUUGCUUCUUUCGACACCUUUGUGGAUUUUCAAGGCCUUUUACUAUGACAAUUUGUGAUGAUGUAGGUAGAGAUGUACUUAUUGCUCUGCAUAAGGCUCUGAAAUGUAGCUGUUGCUGGAGUAGAUGCUGCCUACAAAAGCUAAAAGUUGAAGCUCCACCUGGUGAAACAAUUGGAUAUGUUUAUCAAUACUUUCAUCCAUUCUUGCCAAAGUUCAAAAUAAAAAACGAGAAUAAGGAGGAGGUAAUGAAAAUUAGAGGCCCAUGGUUGGUCUUCAGCUGUCAGGAUCUAAAUUUUAAUUUAUUGACUCUGGAUGAGGAAAUGGUUAUUAGAAAGAUUUCAAAACAGUACUCUGGAUUUGUAAGGGGAGUAUUAACCAAUGGUGAGAAAUUUGGGAUCCAGUUUCCAUUUGAUCUUGAUGUUAAAAUUAAAGCAUUGAUGCUUGGAGCACCUUUCCUCAUUGACUACAUGUAUUUUGAACUGUGGCCAUAA